CACCAGUACAGGAAGCUCAGCUGAAAGGAACUAACCUCCAAUCUGAUAUCAAAGGUUGAAGGUGUGAAAUAAGAAUCGAACGCUUCUGUUAAAGGAAGAGAAAGAGAAAAGACGGAACAUGUGCAAGCGUAUUUCCACCGUAGAUCUCGCUGGAUAAAAUCAGUUAAAGAACGCAGAAAUGAUGCAAAGCGUGCAUGUCGCGAAUUAACGUCUCCUCCAUCGUUCUCGCCAUGGACAACGACCCAGGCAUAAUGUGUUUUCGUCAUUGCCCGGCGAAAAGUGUACUAUGCAAGAAUGUCCCGACGACGUGUCCAGUUUGCUUGUCACAUAUCCGGGAUUUCUUUGUAAAAGUAUACAGAAUAAUAGGACAACAAGAUGAUUCUUACUAGAAUCGGAACGUCUUUACGUAGCAUACGUUCCGAGCACAACAGGUUGCAAUUCAGAAGUCUUAUCAGUAGCAGCGAAGACAAAUAUGAUGUGAUAGUCGUUGGUGGUGGUCAUGCUGGAACCGAAGCAUCUGCAGCUGCUGUCAGAAUGGGUGCAAAGACGUUGCUGGUCACUCAAAAGAAAAGUACUAUAGGAGAGAUGUCAUGCAAUCCGUCCUUUGGUGGAAUCGGAAAAGGUCAUCUCAUGAGAGAGGUAGACGCUUUGGAUGGAGUGUGCUGCCGAAUAUGCGACAUCUCGGGUAUACAUUAUAAGGUUCUGAACAAGAGUAAGGGACCGGCGGUGUGGGGUCUCAGGGCUCAGAUAGAUAGGAAGCUGUACAAGAAGCAUCUUCAGGCAGAACUCUUCAACAUGCCGAGACUGCAUAUCUGUGAAUCUUCCGUAGAAGAUCUGAUUCUAGCAAACGAGUGUUUAUCGUGUCGUGGAGUGAUUCUCAAAGAUGGUACGAAGAUAUUCGGCGAUGCGGUGGUUAUAACCACGGGAACUUUCUUAAAGGGCCAAAUAAAUAUUGGAUUGGAGAAGAGGCCAGCAGGUAGAAUGGACGACGAACCAAGUAUCGGCUUGGCAAAUACGCUAGACAGACUCGGAUUUCGAAUAGGAAGAUUAAAAACUGGCACGCCGCCAAGACUGGAAAAGGAGAGCAUCGAUUUUACAAAGUGUAUAGAGCGGUCAGCAGAUAAAUCUCCUAUACCGUUUUCAUUUAUGAAUGAUAAAGUGUGGUUAUCGCCGGACGAGCAAGUACUGACAUACCUGACGCACACAAACGAAAACGUCGCGAGAAUCAUAAGAGACAAUAUGCACUGCAAUCUGCAUGUGACAGAAGAAGUAACGGGUCCGCGCUAUUGUCCGAGUGUGGAGAGCAAAGUUUUGCGCUUCGCAAACCAGACACACCAAAUUUGGCUGGAGCCGGAAGGUCUGGAUUCGCCGUUAAUUUAUCCCAGCGGAUUGUCUUGCACUCUACCGGAAGAAAAACAGGUGGAACUUGUCAAAUGUAUCUCGGGGCUAGAAAACGCACGUCUAGUAAAACCUGGUUACGGUGUUGAAUACGACUACAUAGAUCCUAGAGAAUUGACGCCCGAGUUGGAGACCAAAAAGAUUCCAAGGCUGUUCCUUGCUGGACAAAUAAAUGGCACUACUGGCUACGAGGAGGCAGCUGCGCAAGGUAUCGUUGCGGGUGUCAACGCAGCCGCUAAGAUAUUAAAGAAGCCGUCACUUGUGAUAAGUCGAACCGAGGGUUACAUCGGCGUCCUCAUCGACGAUCUAACAACGCAGGGUACCACCGAACCAUACAGGAUGUUCACUAGCAGAGCAGAAUUUCGCGUGAGUCUGCGUCCGGACAAUGCCGAUUGUAGAUUGACGGAGAAAGGCUAUAAAAUUGGUUGCGUUUCGCGCGAAAGAAUGGACAGGACGUGGGAAAUCCAACGUAAAAUACAGGAGGCCAUACAUUUACUUAAGAGCGAGAAGCAGUCGAUCAUUAAGUGGCGACGUAUGAUGAAGCUAAGUUGCUCCAAGUCUAUCAGUACUAAGUCGGCCUUUGAAAUACUUGGUUAUCCAAACAACGAGUUCACGUUUGCGCAACUAGUGGAAAAAUUGCCGGAAUUACUGAGUUACUUUGACGGAGAUCCCGUUUUGGCGAUGAGAGUAGAGAUAGAAGCAAAAUAUGCGUUUGCUGUCGAAGACCAACAGCACCAAGUAGAUGAUAUCAGGAAGAAUGAGCAAAUGAUUAUACCCGAAGAUAUUGACUAUAAUAGCAUCAAAUUGAAUUUAUCCAAUGAAGAUAAAGAGAAACUCACAAAGUACCUCCCACGCACGAUUGCGGCUGCCAAUAAAAUCUCAGGUGUGACACCUAUGGCUGUGUUAAAGUUGCUUUAUUAUAUCAAAUAUCACUCCAACGAGUACACAGCUAAAGCAUAACAUUGUAUUAUAUGAUAACCAGUAUUUGCUGUUAUCUAUAAAAAGACCAUAUAGAUUAUAGAAGAUUUAAUAAAGCAUUCAUUUAUUCUGCA